AUGGCACUUGAUUGGUGGUCUCCUAUGGACAAUUCUUGGAAGAUCUUUGAAGAGUACCACAUAGAUGAAAACCUAGGCUUUGCUCUGCCAAAUCCACUGGAGGAGCUGCCUCACCCUUACGAUGCUUGGAUUGCCAUUGCUAAAAAUCUACCUGAACUGAUUAAGAAUGGACAACUACGUGCAGAAGUGGAGAAGUUAGCAACGCUCAGCAUUGACGGCCUCCAAGGACACAAGAUGCAGCGCCUGGCACAUCUGGUUCUGGGGUACAUCACCAUGGCGUACGUGUGGGGUCAAGGGGAUGAAGAUAUCCGCAAGGUCCUGCCAAGAAAUAUUGCCAUCCCUUACUGCAAACUCUCUGGGAAGCUUGGACUGCCUCCUAUUCUGGUCUACGCAGAUUGUGUCUUGGCAAAUUGGAAGAAAAAGGAUCCCAGUGGGCCCAUGACUUACAAGAACAUGGAUAUUCUCUUCUCAUUUCCGGGUGGGGACUGUGGUAAAGGAUUCUUCCUGGUUUCGCUAUUGGUGGAAAUAGCGGCUGCUUCUGCAAUCAAGGUGAUCCCCACUCUAUUCAAUGCAAUACAGUGUGAAGACCUGGAUGCUUUGCAAAAGGCAUUGCUUGAUAUAACUUCUUCUCUGCAUAAAGCCCUUGAAGUGUUUCACCAAAUUCAUGAGUAUGUGGACCCAAAGCUCUUUUUCAAUGUUCUUCGCAUAUACUUGUCUGGUUGGAAAGGCAACCCCUUGCUGUCAGAGGGUCUGCUCUAUGAAGGCGUUUGGGACACCCCCAAGAAGUUCGCUGGGGGCAGUGCAGCCCAAAGCAGCAUCUUUCAGUGCUUUGAUGUUCUCCUGGGUAUCCAGCACACUGUGGGUGGAGUUCCUUCAGGCUCUGCUGCUGGAUUCCUCCAGGAAAUGAGAACCUAUAUGCCACCAGCUCACCGGAACUUUCUUCACUCAUUAGAGUCAGGCCCCUCCGUCCGUGAGUUUGUUCUUUCAAAAGGUGAUGCUCUCCUGCAGGAAACGUACAAUGAAUGUGUGCAAGCUAUGGUAUCCCUGCGAAAUUACCAUCUGCAGAUAGUAACUAAGUACAUUGUGAUUCCUGCAAGCCAGCAAGCCAAGAAAAAACAAGCAUCCGAAGAGCCUUCCGAAGAAGAAAACAGAGGAACUGGAGGCACCAAUGUCAUAGAUUUUCUCAAGACUGUAAGAGGUACAACUGUGAGGUCCCUGUUGAAAGAAGGUUAA